AUGGACCCAUACAUGAUUCAGUUGCACGACCACGGCAACCUCCCCUCAGUGCUGGAUGUGCAUGUCAACAUCCCUGGGAGAAGCUCUGUGCCGGGAAAAAUGAAAGGCAGGAAGGCCAGAUGGUCCGUGAGGCCCUCGGACAUGUCCAACAAAACUUUCAAUCCCAUCCGAUCCAUUGUGGACAGCAUGAAGGUGAAGCCAAAUCCAAACAAGACCAUGAUUGCUCUGUCAAUUGGGGACCCUACUGUGUUUGGAAACCUGCUUACAGAUCCUGAAGUUACCCAAGCAAUAAAAGAUGCCCUCGACUCUGGGAAGUAUAACGGCUAUGCCCACUCCACUGGCUACUUAUCGAGUCGGGAGGAGGUUGCUUCUUAUUACCACUGUCCCGAGGCACCCCUGGAAGCUAAGGAUGUCAUUCUAACAAGUGGCUGCAGUCAGGCUAUUGAACUUUGUUUAGCUGUGCUGGCCAACCCAGGGCAAAACAUCCUAGUUCCCAGACCUGGCUUCCCUCUCUACAGGACUCUGGCUGAAUCUAUGGGAAUCGAGGUCAAACCCUACAAUUUAUUGCCAGAGAAGUUUUGGGAAAGUGACCUGAAACAACUGGAAUCUCUGAUUGAUGAAAAGACAGCUUGCCUCGUUGUCAAUAAUCCGUCAAACCCUUGUGGGUCAGUGUUCAGUAGAAGUCAUCUCCAGAAAAUUUUGGCAGUGGCUGCAAGGCAGUGUGUCCCCAUCUUAGCUGAUGAGAUCUAUGGAGACAUGGUGUUUUCGGAUUCCAAAUUUGAACCUCUAGCCACCCUCAGUAGCAACGUCCCCAUCCUGUCCUGUGGAGGGCUGGCCAAGCGCUGGUUGGUUCCUGGCUGGAGGAUGGGCUGGAUCCUCAUCCAUGACCGAAGAGAUAUUUUUGGCAAUGAGAUCCGAGAUGGGCUGGUGAAGCUGAGUCAGCGGAUCCUGGGACCCUGCACCCUUGUCCAGGGAGCUCUGAAAAGCAUCCUGCAUCGCACCCCUCAAGAGUUCUACCACAACACUCUAAGCUUCCUCAAGUCCAAUGCGGACCUCUGCUAUGGGGCAUUGGCUGCCAUCCCUGGACUCCGGCCCAUCCGCCCUUCUGGGGCCAUGUACCUCAUGGUUGGAAUUGAGAUGGAACAUUUCCCAGAAUUUGAGAAUGAUGUGGAAUUCACUGAGCAGUUAGUUGCUGAGCAAUCCGUCCACUGCCUCCCGGCAACAUGCUUCGAGUACCCGCAUUUCUUCCGAGUGGUAAUCACAAUCCCUGAAGUGAUGAUGCUGGAGGCGUGUAGCCGGAUCCAGGAGUUCUGUGAGCAGCACUACCAUUGUGCUGAAGGGAGCCAGGAGGAAUGUGACAAAUAG